CCAACAAGCCCACAUCUUCUCCACUAGAUUCCUUAGGUCAAGAAACAGAACCAAAAACCUCCUUCUUCACCACUGUCCGUCCACUGACCCAAACCCUUGAAACCCUAACAAUGGCAGCAGCUUCCUACGAAUACGAAGACGGUGGGUACCCACAGAAACAACCCGAUGCAUCUCCAUACGACCCGAAUUUCGUACCCGAUUCGGUAAAAUCAUUCGUAGUUCAUCUAUACAGACACAUAAGAGAGAAGAAUGUAUACGAGAUUCACCAGAUGUAUGAAACAUCUUUCCAGACAUUGAGUGACCGUAUGUUUAAGGAAACACCUUGGCCUUCAGUUGAUGCUGUUGCUGCUUACGUUGAUAAUGACCAUGUUUUCUGUUUGCUUUAUCGUGAGAUGUGGUUUCGUCAUUUGUAUGCUAGGCUUUCUCCUACUCUUAGACAAAGGAUUGAUUCUUGGGAUAAUUAUUGCAGCCUUUUUCAGGUGGUGCUGCACGGUGUGGUCAACAUGCAAUUGCCAAACCAGUGGUUGUGGGACAUGGUAGAUGAGUUUGUAUACCAAUUCCAGGCAUUCUGUCAAUACCGUGCAAAGAUGAAGAACAAAACUGCUGAGGAGAUUGCAUUGCUGAAGCAAUAUGACCAGGCUUGGAAUGUCUACGGCGUCCUCAACUUCUUACAAGCCCUUGUGGAGAAAUCGACGAUAAUCCAAAUAUUGGAGAGGGAGAAGGAAGGUCUUGAAGAGUUUACUGCUACUGAUGGGUAUGAUUACAGUGGUGGAAGUAAUGUCUUGAAGGUUUUGGGCUAUUUCAGCAUGAUAGGCUUGCUUAGAGUUCAUUGUUUGUUGGGUGAUUAUCAUACUGGCUUGAAGUGCUUACGUCCAAUUGACAUAACGCAGCAAGGUGUUUACACCAGUGUUAUUGGAAGUCACAUAACCACAAUAUAUCACUACGGCUUUGCUAAUCUUAUGUUGAGGAGGUAUGUAGAGGCUAUCCAUGAAUUUAACAAAAUCCUUCUAUAUAUUUAUAAGACAAAACAGUAUCACCAGAAGUCACCUCAGUACGAGCAGAUACUGAAGAAAAAUGAGCAGAUGUACGCCCUGUUGGCUAUAUCUUUGUCACUGUGCCCUCAAGUGAAACUUGUUGAAGAAACUGUGAAUUCUCAAUUAAGAGAGAAGUAUGGUGAGAAGAUGGCGAGAAUGCAAAGAUAUGAUGAUGAGGCAUUUGCACUCUAUGAUGAGCUCUUCUCAUAUGCAUGCCCUAAGUUUAUUACUCCCUCUGCUCCAAGUUUUGAGGAGCCUCUUGUAAAUUAUAACCAGGAUGCCUAUAGGCUACAGCUGAAGCUGUUCCUUUAUGAAGUGAAGCAGCAACAAUUAUUGGCCGGUGUUAGGACCUUUUUGAAAGUGUAUUCAACAAUCUCCCUGGGGAAGCUUGCAAAUUACAUGGAAGUUGAUGAACCCACUCUAAGGACAAUUUUGAUGACAUACAAGCACAAAACACAUGCUGUCGAUUCCGUUGGCAAGAUAACUUCUAAUGCUGAUGUAGAUUUCUACAUUGAUGAAGACAUGAUCCGUGUAGUAGAAUCUAAACCGGCCAAGAAGUAUGGUGAUUACUUUUUGCGUCAGAUUGUGAAGCUUGAAGGGAUCAUGACUGACAUUGACAGGAUAAAGCUGGACUAGGCUACCUUCCUAUGUCCUAGUAUUAGUAGCGCUAGCUUAUUUUGAGCUUUCAUUUUUGUACUAAGAGGAGGAAGUGGAAAGAGAGUAUGCAUUUUGUUUUUUUUUUCCCAGUUUGAGAUCGGCUAUUAUGCAACUUUGUUGAUUAAUGAUCAGUUAAAAACAAUUUCUUCUCGAAUUGUAAUUUAUCAAUACAAGUUGUCUUUUGUUAAAAGUUCAAAA